AUGAAGACCGAAACCAUGUUCUGUGUCGCUCUGUUCGCGGCUGCUGCGGUUCAAGCCCAAGAGCUGGUCGACGAUUCAAGACCACACCUGAACUUUUCCAGCCUGGAAGGGCCUCCAGACACACAAGAGGAUGAAAAACCGGCUUCGCUAUCUGAUUCCUUUGCUUCUCCACGAGACCCAGUCCAGCAGGGGGGUGGCCAAGGACUUAAAGUGUUGGAGGGCAUGAUACUUGACGCCAUAAACAAAGAGUGCAACGAGAUCAAGAGUUCGACAACUGUGUGCAAUUCGACUGUUGGGUCAACUUCCGAUUCGACUGCUGCUCCGGCCCCCGAACCCGCUCCGGCCGCCGAACCCGCUCCGGCCCCCGAACCCGCUCCGGCCCCCGAACCCGCUCCGGCCGCCGAACCCGCUCCGGCCCCCGAACCCGCUCCGGCCCCCGAACCCGAACCCGCUCUGGUGGAGCCGGGGCCGUGGCAAGUGAAACCUCUCGAUCACGACCAAGUGAGACCGUUUGCUCAGGUGGUGGACCCCGUCACUCCGUCCGAUAAAGCGUGCCUCAAAUUCAAACCACAAAUUCACAUCAGUCAUGGGUGCCGCCCGUAUCCUGCCGUAGACUGGGAGGGUAGCACUAGCCGCGGCCUCGCUGUCGAAGGACCCCCCAGUGGCAAAUGCAAAGGAUCCGGGUGGGGGUCUCAAGUCUACGGGCGUGCACGUUUGUUCCGCGACAAAUGGGCCCUUAUGUACUCAUGGUACUUCCCAAAAGACUCACCGUCCCCAAAACUGGGCCACCGUCACGACUGGGAGCAUGUUGUCGUUUGGAUCGACGACCCUGCUAUGGAAAAUCCGACGAUUCUGGGAGUGUCGGUGUCGUCCCACGAUGGAUACUUGUUCCGAGUGCCACUUGAUCCGGUAACAAUGGACGGCUCGAGUGUCAAGGUCAAUUACUUUAGCUCCUGGCCGAAGAAUCACGAGCUCCAGUUCACUCAUAAGCGUGGUAGCUUUCAGGACCUGAUCACGUGGGAGCAGAUGACGGAAGAUGCCCGCCGUGCAUUAAACGCAGUCGACUGGGGCCAUGCGCAUGUUCCCUUUAACGAUGGCGCCUUUGAGCACAGGUUGAUUAGAGCUUGGCCUUUCGGAUAA